AUGUUCUACUGUCUAAGAUUUGCAAAAUAUCAAUUCAGGUUCGUCUCAGCUUGUUCAGCAUUAACAAACAGUGAUGCACUUCUAUGUAAGGUGAUUCUGGAUGGCCAAGAAUGGGAUUCGACGAGCAAUGAUUAUGCAGGAAUUUUUCAGUUUUGUUUUUGGCGGUUUGGUCGGUGGAUCGAUGUUAUCAUAGAUGAUUUACUGCCAUGUAGGAGUGGCAAGUUUUAUGGUUGCUACGAGAAUUUAGUAGGAGGACAGUUAGCGGAUGCGCUUCAGGAUGUUUCUGGUGGAGUUGCUGAAACACUUAAUGUCCAUAGAUUUAUCAGUCAGCAUAGAAAAAUACUGAAUGGAAUGAAUAGUACUGAGGACUUAGAUUUAUCUAAAAGGCUAAAUAAUUUGGCUAACGGAAAUUUAACUUCACUUUCUGUCUACAAAACUGGAAUCUCUGCAUCAAGACGACUUUUCUACACACUUAAACAUGCGUUCAAUCGCGAAGCACUUAUUGUUGCAGCUAUUUCGGUCUAG